GACCUGUCAUCUUCCGCUGUAACAGGUGAGGGCUGAACUUCUCCAGACCUCCUCGGGCUACUCCACAGUCAUAGAAGAGCUUUAAUCAUGGCCGUAAACGUCCAAGAAAACAUAUAUGAACAAAUAGAAGAGACAAAAGAAAACAUAUAUGAAAAGCCAUAUAAUCCAGAGCCGAAAUAUGAGAAUCAAGGCGCGAGUCAGGAAAUUCUAGAGGAACCGCUGUACAGCACGGUCAAUCACCCGUCUCCAGACUACAUGAAUACGAGAAGAACAUCUCAAGAGGAACAACAAGAAGAAGAACAGCCUUCACCCACAAAUGAACCAGGAGAGCAGCUCGAAAGCGAGAUCAUGGUGGCCUCUCUGUCAAAUGGAGAUGUUUACGAAUCUUCAUCUUUAGAGGAAACGGGAGACCCGUGUGAUGACCAGCCCUCAUUGGUCCACGAAGACCUGUUCAUGGCGUACAGUCUCCCAGAAGACGGAUCUCCAGAACCUGAGGAGGUAGUUGACUACAGCCUGAAGGAGGUGGAGAACAACGUCGUGGAAGAGCCAGCCGCAGUUCCUGACCCGGAUCAACCUAAUAUUGCGCUUUUUGUCAAGGCUGGUUGUGAUGGCGAGAGCAUCGGAAACUGUCCAUUCUCCCAACGCCUCUUCAUGAUCCUCUGGCUCAAAGGUGUGGUCUUCAACGUCACCACUGUUGACCUGAAGAGGAAACCAGCAGAUUUGCACAAUUUGGCUCCCGGCACUCACCCUCCUUUCUUGACCUUCAACGGUGAGGUGAAGACAGACAUUAACAAGAUUGAGGAGUUUCUGGAGGGGGUUUUGGCUCCACCAAAGUACCCCAAACUUGCAGCCAGUCACAGGGAGUCAAACACAGCUGGGAAUAACAUAUUUGCAAAGUUCUCAGCUUUCAUAAAAAACACUAAGCCAGAUGCGAAUGAAGCUCUGCAGAAGGGUUUGACAAAAGCACUUACGAAGCUGGACGAGUACCUGAACAAUCCUUUGCCUGAAGAGGUAGAUGCUGACAGCAUGGAGGAGGAGAAGGUCUCCAACCGCAAGUUCCUGGACGGGGAUGAUCUGACUCUGGCAGACUGCAAUCUGCUGCCAAAGCUCCACAUAGUGAAGGUUGUUGCCAAGAAAUAUCGGAAUUACGACAUUCCAAGUGAUUUGACAGGCGUGUGGCGUUACCUGAACAAUGCGUAUGAACAAGAAGAGUUCACCAACACCUGUGCUGCCGACAACGAGAUCGAAUUAGCAUAUAAGGAUGUGGCUAAAAGGCUAACUAAGUAAACAGAUGAACAAAUUUGACACAAAUAGACUUGGGGUAGCUCAUUUCUUGGGGAAGAGAUGAUGUUUUCCAUGUAAUUCAAAGCUGUUGAUCCCAAACUACAAGUUAGUAGUUUCAUUCAUCAAGUAUCCUAAAUAAUCAAUAAGGACUGGUACUCUGAUAUUACUAUUAUGAAAUAUGAAUAUAAAAUAUCAGCUCAUAUUCGCCAGCUCUCACUCAUCUCAUAUAAACAUUGUCCCAAGUGACUUUCUAUUGUAUCUCUAUUUAAAGAGACUUCACACUA